CCAAAAAAAAAAAGAAGAAAAAACCCUCCCAAAGCCCAAAAAACCACCACCCGGCCCUCUGCUUCGCCACCUGCUCUCAUCUCAUUUUAUUGCCUCUUUCUUUGCGACGCGAACGCGAGAAGGAGGGAGGGAGGGAGGGAGGGAGAGAGAGAGAGAGAGAGAGAGAGAUUGCGUGUGCUUUUUAGAGAGAGAAUGCAGCAGCACCUUAUGCAGAUGCAGCCGAUGAUGGCCGCCUACGCCUCGCCGAAUCAGAUCACCACUGAUAUCAUCCAGCAGUAUUUGGAUGAGAAUAAGCAGUUGAUUCUGGCCAUUCUUGACAAUCAGAACUCAGGGAAAGCUGAUGAAUGUGCUGAGAAUCAAGCUAAGCUUCAAAGAAAUCUGAUGUACCUUGCUGCGAUUGCAGAUAGUCAACCCCAAGUUCCCACCAUUGCCCAGUUUCCUCCGAAUGCUGUGAUGCAAUCAGGCCCUCGGUAUAUGCAGCACCAGCAAGCCCAGCAGAUGACACCCCAAUCUCUCAUGGCUGCUCGGUCCGCCAUGCUGUAUGCUCAGUCACCAAUGUCUGCAUUGCAGCAACAGCAGCAAGCAGCACUGCAUAGCCAGCUUGGAAUGAGCUCUGGAGGGAACAGCGGGUACAACAUGCUUCAUGGCGAGACCAGCAUUGGAGGUAAUGGGACACUGGCUGCUGGUGUAUUUCCUGACUUUGGCCGCAGCAGUGGAUCUGCAAAGCAGGAAGUGGGGAAUGCAUUGCCUACCGAAGGACAUGGUGGCAACUCAGGUGGCCAAAGCGGGGAUGCCACUGAGCCUCUGUACCUGAAGGGAUCGGAAGAGGAAGGGAACUAGUUGGUUUCCGUGGUGGAAGUAGUUGAGAGUUUUAAACUCCACAGGAAGGUUGCGGACUUAACAGGCAAAAUUUUCAUGUUGGUUGGAACAAUCUGGAUGAUUGGCAUGUCAUCCUGAUCUUGGUAGUGGUGCAUGUUAAUGUUGAUGAGGACCAUGAACCUGUCUUUCAGACUUUCUUUAGUGUGAGAUGCACUAAGCAUUAGAUUUGUAAAUUUGUAGGCUGAGGGAUCAUAGCUAUUGCUUUGGCUAUUGAACCUUUUGUUAAAGUAGGGUACUGUGGUGAUCUCAUUAAUCCAUGUUGCUUUGCUUUGCUUUGGCUA